UGUGUGUGUGUGUGUGUGUGUGUGUGUGUGUGUGUGUGUGUGUGUGUGUUUGUGCAUCCUGACAGCCAAUCAGCUCCUUGCCAGCUCUCUCCCCUCCUCCGCAGGACUGUCCAUGGCCCAUAUUUUGCAUUGAUCAGCUGUACCGUAUUCACAGCUGCGCAGUGACAUUCAUCCAGCCGACUGCAGACAUAAAUUCAUCUUGACCACGGGGCUGCAUCUGCAAAAAUGGCUUCUCAGGCAGAGUUUGAGAAAUUGGCAGAGGAUGUGAAGAAAGUGAAGACGAGGCCUACAGACGAGGAGCUGCUGGAGCUCUAUGGCCUUUAUAAGCAGGCAACCGUAGGAGAUGUUAACACCGAAAGACCAGGAAUGCUGGACUUCAAAGGAAAAGCAAAGUGGGACGCAUGGAACUCCAGGAAAGAAAUGUCCAAGGACGAUGCCAUGUCGGCCUACAUUGCACUUGCAAAGGAAGUCAUCAGCAAAUAUGGCAUGUAAAGCUUCAAAUGAACGGAAGGGGCAUGAUUAAUGCAAAACGACGACAGUCUACUAACGCAAUAAUGAAACAAUGAGAAAUUUGCUGUGGUAAUAUUUCGUGUUUUGUUUUUUUAUACAUGGAUUAUAAAAUGAACAACUUCCAUGCAUCCUUUAAGUAAGACAUAUUAGCUAAUUACUGUUUUUACUAAUUUAUGUAGAUUAGCCUUGUAACCUCAUGUACAAAGCAAAACACAUUCAAUUUAAAUGUAGCCUGAUUAUUCAUCUAACCAGCAGAAACACAAUGCUGUGAAAUGUAAAAAUAAAACCUCUUUGAACACUGUU